UGAGGGUUUGUUGUGCUUCUUGAAUAUUACUGUGAAACUCAUCUAGUUUUUGCUGAGAUUUGAUGCUGGAAAGUCCGUUUUCAGAUACUGAACCCGUAUUCGUAGUUGGUUCAAUCGUGAUGAAAUAUUCAUUUCAAGUGAUACCUGAAUCUUGCGGCGAGAACGCAUUUACUGAAUUUCGAGCACCGCAUUUUCUUUACUCAGAAAUUUUGGCCAUUGUACAGUGAUGUUUUCGAGGAUCUGGCCGUCACAGAAAUUAAAUGUGUGAUUGGAAUUCCAACCCAACAAUGAGCUAUCCGGCUAUUCCACUUGUCUCUUUUUUUCAAUCAGUGUGACGUGUAUUUGAACGAUGCGUCAGCUAAAGUUUGCGGAGAAAAAGCUUCUGAAAAAAGUUGACUUCAUUUCGUGGGAAGUGGACAACAACCUACAUGAAGUGAAGGUCUUGCGGCGGUAUGGCAUUCAGAAGCGAGAAGACUACACUAAGUACAACAAGUUGUCGAGGGAGACAAGAGAGUUGGCGAGGAAGAUCAAGGAGAUAGACCCGAAAGACCCAAAGAGAGCGAUUUUCAGUGCGGCCCUAUUGGACAAGCUCUAUUCCCUCGGUCUCAUCCCCACGAAAUGGAAUUUGGAUCAGUGUGAUGAGGUGAACGCUUCUUCGUUUUGCCGACGACGAUUGCCCGUCAUCAUGGUGAAGCUGCAAAUGGCUCAAAAUCUUAAGACGCGGAGGAACCGCGGGAGCGAAGUUCCGCAUUGCUCUCGGUCUCCCAGUUGGCGCGGUGAUGAACUGCGCCGAUAACACGGGUGCGAAGAACUUAUUCGUUAUUGCCGUGUACGGUGUCGGCGGUCGUCUCAAUCGCCUCCCCUCAGCUGCCGUCGGAAAUAUCAUCGUGACGACAGUGAAGAAGGGCAAGCCAGAGCUCCGCAAAAAAGUCAUGCAAGCAGUAGUGAUCCGGCAACGAAAGCCAUUUCGAAGGAAGGACGGAUCCUUCAUCUAUUUCGAAGACAACGCCGGCGUCAUCGUCAACAACAAGGGUGAAAUGAAAGGCUCCGCCAUCACUGGGCCAGUUGCCAAGGAGUGCGCAGAUUUGUGGCCGAGAAUUGCCUCGAACGCGAGUAGCAUUGCGUGAAUCCACCUGCGUCCGUGUCUCAUUCAAGGGAUCCGACCAUUAAAACGUUGAAUUGGAAAAAAA